AUGUCUGAGACCGCUCCUGCAGCGCCUGCUGCUCCCGCACCUGUGGAGAAGACACCUGUGAAGAAGAAGGCGAAGAAGACCGGCGCCGCGGCCGGGAAGCGCAAGGCGUCCGGACCCCCGGUGUCCGAGCUCAUCACCAAAGCUGUGGCCGCCUCCAAGGAGCGCAGCGGCGUGUCCCUGGCCGCGCUCAAGAAGGCACUGGCGGCCGCCGGCUACGAUGUGGAGAAGAACAACAGCCGCAUCAAGCUGGGGCUCAAGAGCCUGGUGAGCAAGGGCACCCUGGUGCAGACCAAGGGCACCGGCGCCUCCGGCUCCUUCAAGCUCAACAAGAAGGCGGCUUCCGGCGAGUCCAAGCCCAAAGCCAAGAAGACCGGGGCUGCCAAGGGUAAGAAGCCCGCGGGCGCAGCCAAGAAGCCCAAGAAGGCGACCGGUGCUGCCACGCCCAAGAAAGCCGCCAAGAAGACCCCGAAGAAGGCGAAGAAGCCCGCGGCUGCUGCAGGCGCGAAGAAAGUUGCCAAGAGCCCGAAAAAGGUGAAGGCAGCUAAGCCCAAGAAAGCAGCCAAGAGUCCAGCCAAAGCUAAAGCUCCCAAGCCUAAGGCCACCAAGCCAAAGGCGGCCAAGCCGAAGGCCACCAAGGCAAAGAAGGCCGCCCCCCGCAAGAAGUAA